GUACUUAUUACUAUUGAGUUAAGGUGCAUGACAGUUACCACUGAUGUGUAGUCUACUGUACGUACCUAUAUAUGAUCGCUCCGGGAGAGAUCUGGUACAGUUUCUAACGGUUCCUUGUGGAGUUAAGAAGUUGUUUUAAAAGUUCAUCAUGCAGCCUACCUUCAUUUGUUUCUUCGCACUGAUUGCCUACGUAAGCGCCCAAGUAUAUCUGUUACCAGGAUAUGAGAAGAAAGAUGAAGAAUUCUAUCGAAGGAUGAAUAUGGCACUAGCUAGAGGAUCUAUGGGACGUACCUGGGAAACUAAUGCGGGAAGAGGAAAGGUCUUUGGAACUUUGGGUAGCACUGAUACUUCGAUAUUUGGUCGUGCCGGCUACAAGCAAGAUAUCUUCAAUGAUCACCGAGGUCAUCUUGAAGGUCAAGGUUACGGGUCCAGGGUGCUAGGAGCUACUGGUGACAGCAGUGUGUUCGGUGGCAAACUUAACUGGUCCAAUGAUAAUGCUAGAGCAACUGCCGAUGUUCAUAAAGAAGUUGGGGGUGCGAGUGGUAUGACUGUCACCGGUGAUGGAGUAUGGAAACUUGACAAGAACACCAGACUGGUCGCUGGAGGUAACGUGGAAAAGAACUUUGGUCAUGAUAAGCCUGUAGUUGGAUUAGAAGCUAAAAUUGAACAUGACUUUUAAAGACUAUUUCGUUGUAUUAAAACAGUAUGAGUUAUGUUUUUUGGUUAAGUACGUUUUAAAAGGCCUGGUGUUGAUACAAAAACUUUUAAACAUCUGUUGAACACUUGUCUAAAAAAAGACAGAUUAUGACGUUGAAAUAAGGUCCGUUUUGCAGCCAGUUUUUUUAGACAAGUGUUCAACAGAUGUUUAAGUUUUUGUAGUAAGGCCAAUAGUUUUCCUGUAAUUAAUUCGGAUAGCACUUAGCUUUCCAGGGGUUUGAAAACUAACCGACCCUUCUUAGUUUUUGAUUAUGAUGACAAUCUGACUUUUCAGGCUGGUUUGCACCACUUCUCAUUAAAUAUGAUUAGGUACCGCUAAAACCAUUUAAAUCUUUAUUUUGUUUCUUUCAAUUUCAAAUUGAUAGACAUAGUAAAGUGUUUUGAAUGUUUUUAACAGUUCUUAAUUGUAUUUAGUGAGCAGUGGUGA